AAAAAAAAAUAGAAAAGAAAGGAAGAAAAGAAAAAAAAAGGAAAAAGGAGGAAAGGGAUAGAAAAGAAGAAAAAAAAAGGAAAAGCCCAUAACAAGUUAUCCUUUAUCAUUUUUUCCCCUCCUGUUAUACUACGACGAACAUAUCCUUUUUAUGAAUAAUAAGGAUCGAUAUAUCGAUUUGGUAUGAACGAGAGACCCACUAAAGCCGAGACUCUUGACGACGGUAGUGAAGAUCGUCGAAGAGUGAACUACCCGUCGUCCUUGACGAUUAGAAAAGCAUUUUUUUUUUAAACAUGUGCUAGAAUGUUUUUUUUUACUUAAAAAAGAAAAGAAAAGAAAAGAAAAGAAGAGAAGCAUCAGCGUGCGUUAUCGGGAAUAUUUUAGAUAAUUUUUCAAGGACAAAAGUUGAAUCCGAAAGAAAAAUCAACAUUUGAUUUUCUUUAAAGAUAUUAUCUAUUUGAAUGAAUUGUUGAGCCUUCAUUAACAUACUUAGCCAAAUCAAUUCGAUUAUUCAAGAGAGACGACGGAAUAAGUAUUAUCUCAAACGUGUGUAAGUACUUAAGUAUGCAAAAGAGAACGAAAGACAGAUAGAACUUAUUGAAUAAAGAUCGGAGUUAACUUUGAUCUUCUAGUAGCUUCUUGUCUCGAGCGAUUAUGCGAUAUAAUAAACGGUAAUUAAUAGUAAAUCGAUUGAAACUUCAAUAUCAUCAAUUUCAAUUAUAGACAUCAUUUAAUAGAGAUAUUACUGAUUUUAUCUGAUGCAUACAUUUUAAUUAGUUUAUAAGAGACGUCUCGCACUCAAGCUGUAUUCACAUAUAUCGAGUAUCGUUACUAUCAUCAUCGUCGUUAUCAUCAUUCUUUUUUUCUCUUUCAUUAAAAUUUUUUGAUAAAAAUGUCACGUCCCUAUUAAACCCCCUUUAUUUUUUCUUUUUGAUUUUCAGUUAUCCAUCGACAACGGAAAAUACCGGAACGAUUAGGUUUUCCCAUAGAGGAUCGAUCUCGUGACGAUGUCAAUGAACGCAACAGCAGGUACUAUUCUCGUCGAUCAAGAGAUCAAUCGAAUUCUUUUUGAACGAGAACAAGAAUGUUACGAGCAACAAUCCGUAAACACCACUUCUCCGCCAGAACCGUUCUGUCCUACGAUAUUUGAUGGAUGGUCUUGUUGGCCCGACACACCAGCCGGAUCUACCGCUUACAUUCCCUGUCCUGAUUUCAUUACGGGAUUCGACGCAUCGUUGAAGGCACACAAAUAUUGUGAGAUAAAUGGCACCUGGUUUCGACAUCCGAUUUCCCACACAGUCUGGAGCAAUUACACGACUUGUAUUAAUAUCGAAGAUCUGAUUUGGCAACAAGGUAUCAAUGGCAUUUACGAAGUAGGCUAUGCCAUAUCAUUAGUGGCUCUACUUUUAUCACUAGUGAUUCUCACAUAUUUUCGAUCGCUAAGAUGCGCGAGGAUAACUCUGCAUAUGAAUCUAUUCGUUUCGUUCGUCCUUAACAACGCACUAUGGUUGAUAUGGUACAGAUUCGUUGUAGCCAAUACAAAUCUUUUGUUAACUAAUAGCAUAAUAUGCCGGCUAUUACACGUCCUCCUUCAUUACUUCCUCUUGACGAAUUACGCAUGGAUGCUUUGCGAAGGCUUUUAUCUUCACACUUUACUCGUUUUGGCGUUUACAAGCGAGCACAGAUUGGUCAACUGGCUGAUGGCUCUUGGUUGGUCCAUGCCAGGGAUUAUCGUUACCAUUUAUGCCAUUUUAAGAGCUACAAGCUACGAUCCUGUAGACACCGAACAAUGUUGGAUCAACGAAGGCAAUUACAUGAGUGUGUUAGUCUAUCCGGUAUGCGUAUCGACGUUGUUGAACGUUUUAUUUCUCUUCAACAUCGUACGUGUUCUUCUGAUGAAACUACGUGCUGGUCCAGCGAUAGGAACGAGACCAUCGAGAUCAAUGCUUCAAGCUUUCAGAGCAACGAUGUUAUUGGUACCACUUCUUGGCCUUCACUAUCUAGUCAUUCCGUUCAGGCCGCCGAAGAAGCACCCUUGGGAACACGCUUACGAAGUUAUUUCAGCGAUUACAGCCUCUUUCCAAGGCCUCUGCGUCGCCGUAUUUUUCUGCUUCUGUAACGGAGAGGUGAUAGCCCAGUUCAAACGAAAAUGGGAAGGUACGAUGUUACUACGGAAACGAGCGAAUUCCUGUACGGCCACUACUGUCUCGGUCCGAUGGCGGGAGAGGAGAAGGUGUGACUAUCAAUCCGCGAUGUCGGUUGAACCGGAUAAAUAUGAAGAAGAUGAUCAUCGUCAACGACAAAGCGUUAUGCAAUUGGUCGCUCGCCGUGAAAGUAAUAUAGCCAACAACAACAGUCACGCAAACGUUUUAUUGAAACGUACGGAAAAUAUCAACGAGCCUGAUCAGACACAAUGUUGAUGAUUAAGGAAUCGUUAUCAUCGACGGUCAUCUUAAACGUUUACGUACCUUGUGUUGAAAUACGUAAUACGUUUGUUUAAUUCUUCUUCGACUUCUUCUUAUUUGCCAAAUAACGAAUGAAAGAAAAAAAAUUAAACUUGAAUUUAUUUCUUUCAACGUCGUAACGUCAACAUAAUUUUACGAUUAUUAAUUGUAGUAUCGAUUAAAUUCAAACUCGAAGAGAGAGAGAGAGAGAGAGAGAGAGAGAAAGAGAGAGAGUAAGCAAAUUUUUAGAAUAAGACGAACGGAUCUAUGUAUUUGUUUAAUUAAAUUGUAAUUUAAAUCGUACUUCGUUCUUUGUAUAUUAUCGAUUAGGUACAUACGAAAAUUCUACGACGAACGCAGACGCCUUCGUUCAAACGAAGUAUCUUGAUUUUGUUGAAUAUUUUUAUUAUAAUUAUUCAAAAUUCGAGCUUUAAACGGCGUUCGUUAAAUCCUAUCUCUUCGCCUUCUUUGUCAAAUAACGAAAGUAAUGAAAUCACUUUAUUUUACCAGCUUGUUAACUCUCGAUUUACGAUCAAUAAUUAUCUUGAUUAAAUUCGUAGACGAAGAAAUUGCGAAUUUGUUAUAUUGCAUCAUUUCAAUUAUAUAGAUACUUCGUUCGUAUAUUAUCGAUUACUCGAAAUUCUAUGAACGACGAGAAUGCAACGUUCGAUAAAAUAUCUCAGUUUGUUGAUCGUUUUUAUUAUAAUUAUUCCAAAGUUUUUGUGACAAAUAUAUAUAUAUAUAUAUAUAUAUAUAUAUAUAUAUAUAUAUUUGUUACGAAAUAAUAAUAAAUUUGAUAUUUUUGUUAUUCGUUGAUCUAUCGAUUAGCCCUUAUAUACAUAUAUACACCAAGACUCUUAUUAAUAAUUAUGUUUUCUUAUAUUAUAGUUCCACGAAAAGCAAUGUAUCUGUUCCUGUUUAAAACAAGGAUAAAUAAUUAUAUUCUAUUUUAUAUUUAUUAUAUUCUUUAACCAAAUCAGGAUAAUAAUAAUAAUAAUAAUAAUAAUAAUAAUAAUAAUAAUAAUAGUAAUAAUAAUAGUAAUAAUAGUAAUAAUAGUAAUAAUAAUAACAACAACAACAACAAUAAUAUUAAUAACAAUAAAGCAUGUGGAACAAUCAUUUCUUUUUAUGUAUAUUACAUGAGCGGCCUCGUGAAACUUUGAAAACCCCUUUUGUCUGCUACACUUAUCGAAAUAUUGCAAAGUUUAACAUACAAUUCUGUACCUGAUUAAAAUAUAAUUACAUCGAUAUCGUUAUCAUUAUCUUCUAUAUCGUUCAUUUUUAAAUAUUCGAUCGAAUAUCGCAUAGUUAUUUAACUUACGCCGACAUUCUCUAAUUCGAUCGCAAUCGCAAUCGUUUUUAAAAAGCAUAUCAAUCGAUCGAGUUGCCAUAAAACAUUGGUACUUACGUAGAAUAUUUUUCUUUUUUAUUAUUGUUAUUAUCAUAGAAAAAAAAAAAGUAUAUUUUUUUAGUUGGUACAUUCUAUCGACGCAUUAUCAAAAAUAAAAAAACUAUGUUAUGUUUUGUCGUAUCAUACGAUUAGUCUUUAAUUGCAGUUUUGAUUUUUAUAAAUGAUUCUAUAAAUUCAAUAAAAGAUAUUAACUAUGUAAGUACGUAUAUUGUAUACACGAAUGUAUUUGCUAAUAAUUUGUAACAAGGAGGUGUACAAAUUUCGCAAGAAGAAAUUACAAUUAUAUUUCAUUCUGAUCCUUCUUCUAAUAUAACACGUUUAUGUACAAUGUAUAUACAUAUAUACAUAAAUAGAUAGAUCAUCAUGUAGAACAUAUGGAUAUUUAAAAGAUAAUUUUAUCUGUAUUUAGGAAAAUUCUAUAUUACUCAACGAAAAUGUAUGAAUCGCGAUCGUAUGUUAAUCAUAGUAACAUUUGUAAUAUAUAUUUCAACGGGAGAGAAUGUAAUAGUAAUAAUAGUAACGAUAAUGAUAAUAAAUGAUAUCUAUAUCAUCAAAUAUACUCUAUAAUCUAUAACUUUUAUUGAAAUCAAAUGGGCAAUGAGAAUACCUAUGUGAUUAAUAUCAUUCUGACUAGGUAGA